AUGGGUGGCGCACCGGUGGCGGUCGGGCAGAGCUCCAGUGGCUGGGCGGUGGCCCGGUGGCCGGCCAGAAAAAAAGGGUUGAGGAGCCGGAGCGACAGUCGGGGACUGAGCGACGGGGGCCAGGGUAGAGGCCGCAGGCUGAGCGGCGAGCUGGGCCACAGGCAGGCAGGGGCGGAAGGCGGAAGCGGUGACCGAGGAAGCCAGCGGCUGAGCGCGGCGGCAGGCGGAGGGGUAGCCGGGAAGCGGCAGCCACAAGGAGGAGCCGGCGGGGGCCGGGAGCCGGCAGGAGGCCGGGAAGAACUUGCUAUGGGGGCCGGAGGGGCCACCGGUGGGGGCCGCAGAGGCCGGACUGACAGGUCUGACAGGCCUGUCAGUUCGGUACCCUGCGAUGGGGACGGGUAUAUUGGGGACGCGUUUAUUCUAGCUCCGUAUUGCGUAUUUUACACUGUCGAUUUUGCAAUAGAAUGA